AUGACUGACUCUGCUCUUGCUAGGAAUAUCUCCUCCAUGAUCGAGUCCGCAAGGGAUUUGACGAUGGACGCCAUAUCCCAUACUGGACAGGGCACCAACUUCAAUCCCGCAGCCAUAAGCGACCUGAUCAACGGAAAGGUGUACUCUUCGGCAUUUUCCUCGCAGAGUAUGCCUCAAUUGAACGAAACUGAGUUGCUGUCGUACCUGAAUUCGUCCAGUGAAAAAGAGAAGUUGUUAGCACUCAAAUAUAUCACACGAGUAUCCUCAAGGACCAACGAGGGAGACUUGGAUGUGCUGCAAUUCUUCCCACAUGUGGUCAAGAACAUCAAUUCUUCCAAUCUCACGGUGAAGAAACUUGUCUUCGUGUAUUUGCUGAAAUAUAACCAUCUCGAGCAAGAUAUCUCGCUGUUGUCCAUCAAUGCUAUCCAGAAGUCGCUUUCUGAUAAAAGCCCGUUGAUCAGAUCGCUGGCCAUCAGGGUGAUCUGCGGUAUCAAGAUACCUGCCAUAUUGCCCAUUCUUAUGCUUAGUAUCAAGAAGACAAUAAGCGAUGUAUCCCCGUUGGUGAGAUCGUCUACGGCAAUUGCUAUCACGAAAUGCUUCGAGUUGGACAGGGUGUACAACGAUCAUCUUUCUACUGAUGAAGCUCUGGAGGAUGAGUCUUCCAAUGUUCACAACUUGUUCAAUAAUUUGGCUGUUUUACUUUCUGAUGAUGACGCCAAAGUUUUGGGCUCGGCAAUAGUCACUUUUGCUCAGAUUUUCCCCGGAAAAUAUGAGCUAUUGCAUUCUCGAUACACCCACAUCUGUCACAAGAUCCCGGAGCUCGACGAUUCUGCCAAGGCCCUGGUGAUACCUUUGCUUACUGAUUACGCCAGACUCUUUGUGCCGAAGCCCAAGCUACUGGACCGUUCAAAUGCCGAGUCUAUCAUUGACUCCCCAAACGAGAUGGUGGAUAUGCCUUCGUUCUCACACUUUUCGUCAUUAUCGUUCUCCGAGUACGACGUGAUAUUCCAUACAGAUCUAUCAUCGCUUCUGGGUUCUGUGCGGGACUCUGUUUACUCGCAAUCUGUGAGUGUCGUUCUCGCUGUGGCCCGUUGUUUGAUCGCUCUAGCACCUCCAAAGGUGAUCAAGGAUUAUAAACUGGAUAGGGCAUUGUAUCGCUUUACAAGUUCUCAGGACCAGGAUGUCGCAGAGACUGCAUUGAAGAUAAUUCUGCUGAUAAUCAGUUCUUAUCCUGCGUUUUUGCAGAAUGAUCAGAUCUCGCAGUUCUUUCUUCUACCCAACGAAUCGCAUGAGAUAGCAAGGUUGAAGCUUUUGAUCAUGGCUAAGCUAGCCAACAACGCCAAUUUUGACGUUAUUUUCAAGGAGUUCAAGUACACUGUUGAGUCUGGAGUACUCGAUGUCGAAGCCAAGGUGCUAGCAGUGAAAUGCAUUUGCAAACUUUGCUGUUCAAAAGCUGUGAACUUAGAUGCAAAGCACACCUCAAAGGUUUUGAGUUGGCUACUUCGCACUUUGGAUCAAUUCGCAUCUGUUGAGGAAUCUGAUGGCAUUCCAGGCUCUACAGAUAUACUAGUCUCAGAAGCAUUGACGGGAGUACGGUAUAUUAUCCAGCAAAAUCUGUUGCAAAACACACCAGUUCUCUUGAGAUUACUGGCGAAACUAGUUCCGAUAUCGGAUGCGGCCAAAUCCAUGACUAUACAUCACCCUGUGACUCGAGCUUCGAUAAUAUGGCUACUGGGUGAGUUUUCCAACUCAUGGAUGCAGGCACAGCAAGGCUCGGAUGUAAGGACAGCUGACAUUCCUUCUGCACCUGUUUUGGAUGCCUGCUUGCCUGAUGUCUUGAGAAUUUUGGUGACAACAUUUGCUACUGAAUCUUCGAUCUGUCGUUUGCAAAUACUGGGAUUCGCAGCGAAACUGUUUACCAAAGACCUCUACAUGCACAGGCAAACCUAUGGAGACAGCCUUUACCAAUUUGACAAUAUUGUCUUCAAGCUAUUCAGUUUGACUCUUCAUUAUGCGAAAUAUGACCCUUCGCUGGAUGUUCGUGAUAAGGCCAGAACUUUGUCGUACUUACUGCCAAACAUCUUCUCUGGUAAAUAUAUCACAACAUCCUCGGGACUUACAAGUUUUGAGGAUUUCUUGAGUCCAGAGACUUCUCCUAUUGCUGGUGAAGUAAUUGCAGAUAUGUAUGCAAAGCUAUCAGAAGUUGACCUAGCUGCCCUUAUGCUCCAAGUCUCCAAAAAUGCCCCAAUAACUGAAAAUUCUCUGACUUCGAAUUCUGGAGACGAGUCGAAUCUUGACACCCGCCUCAAGGGAGAACUGUUCUCUCCCUUAUUGAUCGCAUUUUUGGAAGUGCCAGAAUGGAGUGACGCAAUUGCCUCUGAUUCUUCUCUUCAGACUUACUACGAAGACCUACGCAAGAAAGAAUCUGAGGUGAAGAGUUUCAACAAAAUUGUGAACUCUAUUAGCCACAAAACUGUGGUGAAUAACCCCGCCAGCUUCCGGUCUGCUUCUAGUUUAUCUAUGCCUGGUACCUAUGAAAAAUCAUCAGUUUCGACCUUGGCCCCUGUUGCUAACGCUAAGAAGUUCAAGUUACAAAGCUUGGACGAGUUUUUUGCGGAGAGUUCCCAGGGCCCCGAAGACGAUGACGACGAUGAAGACGAAGACUAUGAUCACGAUGGCGAAACAGAUGAAGAAGACGAUGACGAAAACGAUUUGGGCGAAGAAGAAGAAGAAGAGGAUGAUGAUGAUGAUGACCUCGACGACGAAAAAGCUGACUUACAAAAGGCUGACAGGGAUUACAUUGUGGACGAAUCGUUGGAUGACGAUGCCAAUCGGGCAAACUAG